AUGAAUACUACUCAUCAUCAUUCACAUCAUGAUUUGAUUGGAGGUGGACUACUUGAAUCAGUAUUAGAACAAGAAGGAAAAGUGUUAGAUGAACCGACUUCAGGACAAGCAUGGUAUGAAUUAGGAUUAAGACAACAGGCUAAUGAACAAGAAAAAUUAGCUAUUGCAGCUUUGAAACGAUCACUUGAACUUGAUCCCAACUUAUCGGAUGCUAGAUUAGCCUUAUCAAUCAGUUAUAGUAAUGAGAAUCGAAAGAGUGAAUCAUUAAGAGAGAUGGAAAGAUGGACAGAAGAUACGAUGUCCAAGAUUAACAAAUAUUCCAAUGUGAUCAACAUGAGUGGUUUGCGACAUAUGAAAGAAGAAGAAGAAGCAGAAGAAGAAGAAGAAUCGAUAGAAGCAAGAUAUUCGAAUUUGAUUGAAACUUUAUUAAGUUUAGCAAGAUUAGGUGGUAGAGAAGAAGGAUGUGUAACUGUAGAUGAAGAUUUACAAAUCGCAUUAGGUGUAUUGUUUAAUGGAAAAGAAGAAUAUGAAAAAGCAAGUGAUUGUUUUGGUACGGCUUUAUCGGUUAGACCAUCAGAUCCGAUUUUGUUUAAUAGGUUAGGUGCUACUUUAGCUAAUAAUGGAAAAGCUGAUGAAGCUAUUGAGUAUUAUUUGAGAGCAUUAGAACUUUUACCUAGUUAUGUUAGAGCUAGAUAUAAUUUAUCAAUCUCUUUAAUCAAUUUAGGUAAUUAUAUGGAAUCUAUUGAACAUCUUUUGAUUGGAUUAGAAACUCAGGUCGAAGAUCAAGGUUCGAGUGGAGUGACUAGUGAAGUACUUUGGCAAACCUUGGAAAUCAAUUGUUCUUUGUGA